ACGAGAAACAACAACAAAGUGUUACUAAAACUCGAGAUUUCUGCACUACAACCGUGCAGAUUAUGAUUUAAUAAGAAAAUGAGAUAGUUGUUUAGAGUUCAGUGUACUUGCCGAUUUAUUUAACAGUGAUUUCGAUGAAGGGAACGUAUAAGAGCCGAGUUUCCAUUGUUGUGGUUUUUGCGCAGAAACUGUAAACUCAUACCCGUGGAUCGGGCCUGUUUUAACACUACACAAGGUGUUUACGAAGUGAAAAUGUCGAUAUUGGGGCUAAAAAAGAAGCAGCCAAAGACUUUUAAAGUCAAAGUCAUCACUGUGGAUGCUGAAAUGGAGUUCAGUUGUGAGGUGAAGUGGAAAGGAAAAGAUCUGUUUGACCUUGUUUGCCGGACCAUUGGGCUGAGGGAAACGUGGUUCUUUGGCCUUAGAUAUACAGUUAAAGACACCUAUGCAUGGCUGAAGCCAGAUAAACGAGUUUUGGAUCAAGAAGUUCCAAAUGAUUCUCCAAUUACAUUUCAUUUUCUUGCCAAAUUCUUCCCUGAGAAAGUUGAGGAUGAGCUUGUUCAAGAAAUUACUCAGCAUCUAUUCUUCUUACAAGUUAAAAAACAGAUAUUAGAUGAAGAGAUAUUUUGUUCUCCAGAAGCCUCUGUUCUUUUGGCAUCAUAUGCUGUUCAAGCCAAGUAUGGUGAUUAUGAUCCAAACUUUCACAAGCCAGGCUUCUUAGCUCAAGAUGAACUCUUGCCCAAAAGAGUGCUGAUGCAGUAUCAGAUGACACCAGACAUGUGGGAAGAGAAGAUAACAGCUUGGUAUGCUGAACACAGGAACAUCACAAGGGAUGAGGCUGAGAUGGAAUAUCUUAAAAUAGCACAGGAUCUGGAGAUGUAUGGUGUUAGCUACUUUUCUAUUACACAAAACAAGAGGGACACAGAGCUGCUGCUUGGAGUUGAUGCCCAGGGUCUUCACAUCUACAGCCCCAACAAUAAGCUGUCCCCCAACAAAUCCUUCCCCUGGAGCGGAAUCCGAAACAUCUCUUACAGUGAGAAAGAGUUUACCAUCAAGCCAUUGGACAAGAAAAAGGACGUUUUUAAAUUCUACUCUUCUCAGCUGAGAGUUAACAAACUGAUCUUACAGCUGUGUAUUGGGAACCACGACCUGUUUAUGAGGAGGAGGAAAGUGGAUUCCAUAGAGGUGCAACAGAUGAAGGCCCAGGCCAAAGAGGAGAAGGCCAGGAAAAAGGUUGAGCGUCAGAUUCUUGCGCGGGAGAAGCAGAUGAGGGAGGAAGCCGAGCGAGCAAAGGAAGAAAUGGAGCGUCGUCUGUUCCAGCUACAGGAUGAGUCCCGAAUGGCCAAUGAAGCUCUACUGCGCUCCGAGGAGACGGCCGACCUUCUGGCAGAGAAAGCACAGAUCGCCGAGGAGGAGGCCAAACUACUCGCCCACAAAGCAGCCGAGGCAGAGCAGGAGAGGCAGAGGUUGGAGGUCACAGCCCUCAAGACAAAAGAGGAGAAGAGACUGAUGGAGCAGAAGAUGAGAGAAGCAGAACAACUGGCAGUUAAACUUGUUGAGCAGUCAGAAAGGAGACUGAAGGAGGCAGACCAUCUGAAACAGGACCUUAAUGAGGCUAAAGAUGCGGAAAGAAGAGCCAAGCAAAAACUUCUGGAAAUCACCAAAACAACAUAUCCUCUGAUUGCAGCAUACUCCAACCCUCCUCCACCUGUUGGGCCUGACAGUCCAGAUAUGGCUGUGGAAAUGGGCAGCUCCGUCCGAAUGGACUUCAAAGACUCAGAUAUGAAGAGACUGUCAAUGGAGAUUGAGAGAGAACGGAUGGAGUACAUGGAAAAGAGCAAACAUCUUCAAGACCAGCUUAAGGAGCUAAAAUCUGAGAUUGAAUCCCUAAAGUUGGAAGAGCAGCACCAGGCUGGAAUCUACAGCCUCAGGAGUUACACAGAGCCUCCUUAUAUUCCCCACAGCAAUAGGAAUUCUGCCUACAUGGCUCAGAUGGCCUUCUAUGAGGAAGUGUGAAAGAAAAAUCCAUCCAUUGUUUAAGCAGCACAAGAGGUCUGGAGAAACACAACAGUUUGCAGCUAUCACUGAAGCAUGCAUGUACACCAAAAAUGCAGACAUAGCCUCAUUUACUGUGUUUUUAAACAUUUAUUUAAAUUGUGUACACUUGCAUGUCAUUUUGCUUAUACCACAAAUGGUUUGGCACAUGAAAUGAAACUGAUUCAUCUUUGUCUGUUUAUUUAACAAAAUUAUUUUGUUUGUAAAUGCAAAAUAAUGCAGAUAUAGUAAAAAGAAAAGGGACGUUUCUCAUAAAAAAAGUGCCUUGAAUGGUGAACACAAGCUUGUUUGAUUUAUGUGAAUAAGGUUGCUACGCCACUAGAAACACAGCAAAAUUCACUUUUGGUUUAUAAAAUAUUUACCUAAAAUUCUCCUAUUGUACUUCGUGGUGCCAGAUUUAACAAAUGUAACUACACUGGUUGGCAAAAAAUGCAUUGUAGUUUUAACUACGGUAACCGUGAAUGUCAAAUGAUUUUAAGUAUUGCAUGUUCUGGACUUUGGAAUUUAGUAUUUUUUUUUUUCAUUUUAUGUGUUGGAUAUAGCAAUACAAAGGCAGUUUUUUUUUCCUACCAUUUUUGUUACCAAAUCAAAUAAUGCAUUGAAGUUAGUGUUAAGGGUAUGAGCUUUGUUGACAUUUCAGCAAUCUACUGUACAUGGUGUAGCAAAAAUUUUAAUAUUUUUACACGAGUAAUGAACAUUUCAAACCUUUUUUUAACCCCUCAAAAAUAGAAAUGAGAGCUGUAACCUUUCUUGAUACCUCAACACUAAGCUGCAGGUAUUAUCUUCUGAAAUGUUUUUCCAAAAUGUAUGCAAAGUACAUUGGAUUCAUAUUUUGCACUUUUUUUGUGUGAAUGUCUUUAUACUUUAAGAUAGUAGAUGGAGAACAUUUGUGUUGAUGCGAGACAAAAUAUGCCUGUGCUCUCAUAUAAAGGGAUGACUUCUAAUUUGGUUGAGUUUAGACUGUAAUGCCACCCAUUGUUACAGCUUGUCAUCUAUUUAGCAACUUGUUAUAUUUUGCAUCAAUUAGAAACCAGCCAGUAAGUGAAAUUAGAUAAGUGUUCACAAGCAUAAAAAUGCAUUGUGGGAAAUAUAUAUUGUAAAUACACUUCAUUUAUUACAAAGUCUUACAUGAGAAGUGGAAUACAUUUUUGUGUUAUCAGCAGCAUGACUAUGUGCACACUAGCUUAAGAUGUCUAAGACUGUGUGACCACAAGGCAACUGUUCAUGUUUUAAUGAAUGCCACAAACACCUGCUAGUCUCUGCCCAGUUUGUCCUUAAAAACACUUUUUUUUAUUUAGUAUUUGUCUUGUCCUAGCUGCCCCACAUAAAGUGCCUUGUUUUUGGGAAGUGUGUAUUCCACUAAGCAUGGAUGGCUUUCACGCUUUAUUUGAGUUAAGUAGCUAUUGGAUCACAGUAUCACUGCCUUUGUUUAGUAUUUGUGCCCUGGAUGCAGAGAUCAGACAAAGUUGGCCAAUGGUGAUGUGGACAUAUUCUUGUGUGCAGAGAAUUGUAAUUGUACAAAUAAACUGCAAAUAUGGAUUUCAGAGUUUUGCCUU